GUUCGGGCAACUCUCGUGAUUUCUGUUCUCUCUUACAUCGUCUUCCAUCCCUCUAAGCAUCAUCUCACAUCUUCUUCCACCUCUCCCACCUCGCAAUUAUUGUACACAGCAACAUCCAAUCAUGACGGACCCAUCCCCCAAUAUCCCCUGGUAUAAAGCCUACACGGGCAGUACACCCCAAGGCCGCCUCGGCGACGGCCGCGAACAAUCCCUCCUAACCCACGUCCGCAACCUCUCCCCCACCACCCCCUCCUCCGUAGCCACUGCAAUCGACUCCUUCGCCUUCUCCAACCAAUACCUCAUGACCAUCGGCCCUCGAAAAGCCACCCUCCUCAUCUCCCUAAUAACUUCCCGAAAACCGAAAAUCAUGCUCGAGUUGGGUGGAUAUAUCGGUUAUUCCGCAGUCGUUCUUGGUGCAGCCGUCAAAGCUGCCGGCGGCGAAAAAUACAUUUCCAUCGAGAGCAAUGAGGUAUUCGCUUCCAUUGCGAGGGAAAUGGUGAGCAUGGCUGGAUUGGAUGGGUUUGUGGAGGUGCAGGUGGGGAGGAGUGAUUUUCUUCUUCGUGAAUUGGCUGCGUCUGCCUCUUUUGCUUCUGGCGGGGGUUUGGAUUUUUUGUUUGUUGAUCAUUAUAAACCUGCUUAUUUGCAUGACUUGAUGUUGGCGGAGGAAAUAGGGUUGGUGAGGGAGGGGACUUGGGUCGUGGCGGAUAAUGUGGGACAUCCUGGGGCGCCGGAGUAUAAGGCAUAUGUUCUGUGCUCUGUGGAAGAAAAGAGAAGGAAAGUUCAGUGGGGGCAGAGGGAAGCAAAUCCGAAUGCUAGAAAUUGGUAUUUGAGGGAAGGAGAGAGGGGUGUGGAAGCUGAGGAGGAGAGUGUGGUUGGGAGACCGGAGUUAGAGUAUGAUACGGAAUGUUUGGAGGCGUUUGAACCUGAUGGUACCCCGGAUAUCAUCACAUUGACGAAGUGUCUUGGUUGA